UCCGACGUGGCCGGGGCCUGGCCGGGGCCAGAGAGUUGUCGGGUGUCUGCGGCUCGCUCUCGGCGGGCUCCCGGGCUCGGAGCGGACCGCUGGCCUCCGGGGCGCCUUCUGGAAGUGGUUCCUGGAAAAUAAUAAUUAAUUUUGUAAUCCUUCUGGACAAGGCUGCUGCAAGGCUUGUAUUUAUUUUGUAAAAGAUGGAGCGAGAGGCAGAAAAUGGAGACCCCGCUGAGAUUAAGAUCAUCAAGGAAGCAUACGAGAAGGCCUUUUUGUUUGUCAAUAAAGGACUGAACGCGGAUGAGCUAGGGCAGAAGGAGGAGGCGAAGAACUACUACAAGCAAGGGAUAGGACACCUGCUUAGGGGCAUCAGUGUCACGGCAGCAGAGCCAGGGUGCACCAGCCCCGCGUGGGAGUCUGCCAGACAGAUGCAGCGGAAAAUGAAGGAAACACUUCAGAACGUCCGCACCAGGCUAGAGAUUCUAGAGAAGGGCCUCGCCACAUCUCUGCGGAGUGAUCUUCAGGAUGUGCCCAAGUUGUACCCUGAGUUCCCUCCUAAGGACGCAUGCAAGAAGUCCCCAGCGCCAGAUUCGGUCCCCCAGCACGCUGAAGUAGAUGGGAGUACCUCUGCUGCAGGUGCUGCAAGCGCCGGGCCAAGUGCUGCCCCCUCUGCUGGGCCCCUGCCUUCGCCCAGCCAUCCUGCCGAAGCGCCCCCGGCCUACACCCCCCAGGCUGCUGAGGGUCACUAUACGGUUUCCUACGGAACGGACUCUGGGGAGUUUUCCUCCGUGGGAGAAGACUUCUAUAGGAACCAUUCCCAGCCGCCCCCUCUCGAGACCUUGGGGCUCGAUGCCGACGAGCUGAUUUUGAUUCCAAACGGAGUGCAGAUCUUUUUUGUAAACCCUGCGGGAGAGGUUAGUGCUCCGUCGUACCCCGGGUACCUGCGCAUCGUGAGGUUCUUGGAUAAUUCUCUGGAUACAGUUCUGAACCGCCCUCCUGGGUUUCUCCAGGUGUGUGACUGGCUGUACCCUCUAGUUCCAGAUAGGUCACCAGUUCUGAAGUGCACCGUGGGGGCCUACAUGUUUCCAGACACCAUGUUACAAGCCGCGGGGUGCUUUGUAGGGGUCGUUCUGUCAUCUGAGCUCCCAGAAGAUGACCGGGAGCUGUUUGAGGAUCUGUUGAGACAGAUGUCUGACCUUCGGCUCCAGGCAAACUGGAAUGGAGCAGAAGGAGAAGAUGAGUUCCAAAUCCCCGGGAGAGCAAGACACCCCUCUGAGCCACGGAAGGACGCUUCUGGCGCCGCCGAUGUCAGGCAGGCGGCCUCUUGGGGCUCUUCAGUAGACCAAGGCAGCAAGGACGCGCGGCAUAAAGGAAAGCGUGGGAAGAAGAGUAAAGAUUCUUCAAGUGAAGAAGUGAAUUUGGGUCAGAUUGUGCCCUGUGAACCAAGUGCGGAAGAAAAAUCGAAAGAACUACCCGAGUGGAGCGAGAAAGUGGCCCACAACAUUCUGUCAGGUGCUUCCUGGGUGAGCUGGGGCUUAGUCAAAGGUGCUGAAUUUACUGGAAAAGCAAUCCAGAAAGGCGCUUCCAAACUCCGAGAGCGCAUUCAACCGGAGGAAAAGCCUGUGGAAGUGAGUCCGGCCGUCACCAGGGGCCUCUACAUAGCCAAGCAGGCAACUGGAGGAGCAGCGAAAGUCAGCCAGUUCCUGGUUGAUGGCGUCUGCACCGUGGCAAAUUGCGUCGGCAAAGAGCUUGCCCCACACGUCAAGAAGCAUGGAAGCAAACUUGUUCCAGAGUCUCUCAAGAGAGACAAAGAUGGGAAAUCCACUCUGGAUGGUGCCAUGGUCGUGGCAGCCAGUAGUGUUCAAGGAUUUUCAACUGUCUGGCAGGGAUUGGAGUGUGCGGCCAGAUGUAUCGUCAGCAACGUGUCAGCAGAAACCGUGCAAACCGUCAGAUACAAGUACGGGCACAACGCGGGAGAAGCUACACACAGCGCAGUGGACUCUGCUAUCAACGUUGGCCUCACCGCCUACAACAUUGACAACAUCGGCAUCAAGGCCAUAGUGAAGAAGACUGCCAAGCAGACGGGGCACACGCUCCUCCAGGACUAUCAGAUCAUCGACAGCUCUCAGAAGGAGAGCCAGGGAGGGGCAGCGGGCACGGAUGUGAGAGGAGACACGGAAAAGCCGGCGGAGGAGGAAGAGAAGAAGGGGGCAAAGAAGAAAGACAAGUAGCGGGCUCCAGGAGUGAUCUACGCCAAAGCCUUACCAGUGGAGCAGUGUGGGGCAGCAGCGCGCGCUCCACACAGGAGCCGUGAGUGCUCCCUGUGCUCGCGCCUACAAAAUGGCUGCCGGAAGUGUGGGGCAUGUAUCCACUGACAAGAAAAAUAAUCAGUAUUCUUACAUCUGGCUUCUAGAGAUAUGCAGUUUAUAGUCUCAGUAAGUUUAUUUUCCUUUAAAUGUGGCUAAAAUAUUUUUGCAGUUAAAAUAAAGCUUAUUAUAAUAUAUGUGACUUAAUCCUAAUGUCAAUCUAUUUUUGUAUGUGCUAGCUUUCAGAAAGCAAAGCAAGAAAUUACACACGAUUUCACAGCCUCGUGAAAUCUGUUUAUGCUAGGAAAGAAUGACUUCAUGUCAUCUCUUUUUUUUGCACUAAUUGUGGAUCUUUGAGAUACCCAACAGAAUUUUCAGCAUAUAAGCUAAAUAAACCCACGAUCUUAAAGAGUGUUCCUAGAUAACAUUUUAGAAGUCUUUCUUAUACAGGAAAGAGCCUGGCCACGGACGUGCCAUGAAGUUCUGUAAUGUUAUCUCUUAUUUGCUAGAUCUCCUGCCUACUAGGAACCAAAAUGGCCUUUUGGUUUAAACUGAAGAAAAUGUUUCUUUAAGUCUUUAGGAUUUAGAGUAGGCAAGUUUUCGAUAGAAUGAUUUUUAUUAAUUCUUUGAGAAUUUUGUACAUGCAUGAAAUGUGUUUUGAUUACAUUCUCCCCCUAACUCUUCCCAGGUCCAUCCCCAUCCCUGCUCCCAACUCCACGUUCUUGUGUUUUAAAUAACCCACUGAGUGAUCUCAUUUGUGCUGCCCAUGUGCUUACUGGUGGGGCUUCAUCUACCAGGGACCACACCCCUAAAGGAAACCAACACUCCCUCGCCAGAGGCCAUUAACUGUCAGUAGCUCCUCAGUUAGGGUUGGGGGAUUAUGAGUCCCUGCUGGUUCCAUGCUGGGAUGUUGACUGUUGUAUCUUGUGGAGGCAGCCUCCGCUGCUGUGGAAUCGCCCGUGCAGGAGUCCUGGUGUAUCAUGGAUGUCGGUUUAUCCAGGCUUUCUGAACUUCUGACUUUUACAGUCUUUUCCCCCUAUUCCCCCAUGUUCCCCAAGCCUUGGAGGGGUGUGGUAUAGACUAGGAGAUUUUGAAGUAUGAUUGGUAUUCUAUUAAAAUUUAAAGUAAUUGUUAUUGGCUUUAAGGAAUCACUUUUCAGUAUCUGCUUCUGUAAAUUUUUUUCUAAAUUUACAGGAAGUAAAACAUAAACAUUGCAUUUGCUGAUAGUGAUAUAUUUUUACUCAGUCAUUGGAGUUUAUGCUAAAAGCCUGUAAAUGAUUCAAAAGGGAGGAACCUAUUCCUAUCAAGGUAAAGAAUGUGGAAUCCAUCUCAGCAGAAGACAGGAUGAUAGACUUUUCUUAAGCUACAAAUAUGCAGUUAAAUGGUUAUUUUAUUUUUUGUUGAUUUUUAAAGGUUCAUAGUGUUUUUUAUAGUUAUGGUCUAUUCUAAUCAUUUCUGAACCUGUAAUUGACCAGCUUAUAGAUUUCAUUUGAAAUUGGUUAAUGAAUGUGCUAUGAGAAUAAAAUGGUCUCUGAA